AUGUUGGAAUAUCCAUUGAAAGAGGAAAAAGAGAGAAGGAAGUAUGCAAAACUAAACGAAUUAAAAACUACAGCAGGAGACAUAUUUACCUACUACAAUGUUUUGAAAUGGCAAGAAAACAUUUUCCUUCUGUUUAAAGGCCAACUGUGGAAUUACGGAACGGGUGGUGCCAACGUGCAGGGCAUUAUUCUGGGUGCACGGGGAGAAAUCGUGAGCCUUUUUGACGUUCCAUCAUCCACCCUGGUCAAUUGCACAGGAAAUCUAGCUUGGAAUGAAAUAUGGAAUGAACACCUUGCACCAUUUGGCCGUCAAUUGAGUUUGGAGUAA